UAAUGCUCACCACUAUCCUUCUCGCAUCAUGGCGUUAUGGGCACGUAGAGCCAUUAGUUAAACCCAAUGAAGCAUACCGACAAGUUAACGGCCACUCUCCGCUUUAUGAAGAUUUGCCGCUCAAUCCAUACAAAACCACCACCAACGGGACAUUCUGGCCACCCAAUAGGCCCGAUGGCGGCAGUAUAGCCCGAAAGAUGCCCAAUCCUGUCGAUGAGGCUGUCUGGGAUGACUGGGAGCUGACCACCGUCGUGCCGGUGACCGCCUCGGGCAUCCGCGCGCUUGGCAAAGACCCCUCAACGGCUGCAAAGCUGGAGGAUGACGUCUGGGGCAUGGGAGAUGAUGCAUAUGCGGCAGUGCUUGACGUCUUCCACCAAAUCCACUGCCUGAACCAGUUGCGCAAGUUUGCCUACGCGGACUACUACCAUAUGAAAAUCGCCAAUGCGGACCCGGAGGCCCUGACUUCACACGAGGUACACACAAACCACUGCGUGGAUAUCAUACUACAGGCUAUACAAUGCUCUGGCAAUUUACAAUUGGUCACGAUGCACUGGAUGGAAAGGCAGCAGUACCCGUUCCCCGACAUGAGUACGAACAGGCAAUGUGUUGAUUUCAACAGGAUUGUGGAGUGGCGCAAUGACAACAGGAUUGAUAUGAAGAAGUUCGUGGCGACGAUGAAGAAACACGAGCAGCCCGGACCUAUAAAAGAGCGCCCUGCGGAGAAAGGAUACCUCGAUAUGUUUGGGUGA